CGUGAAUUCAUGGUUGGAGUCGAGGAGGGGAGUAGAGGGAUAAGACAGAACGAGGUAAGUUAGCCUCCUUUCUUCUUCAUCAAGGAACCCUUAUGGCCCCCAAUGCGGAUGCGUUCCUGGUUCCAACCCGCAUGAAGUGAUUGUGCCUUUUCCCUCAAGGCAUAUCUCUCGGUGUUUCUGGAUGGAACAUGGCGCAUGUAGCAGCGUUUCUUCAAUGAAGGGGCCAUCCCUCUGGGUUACUGCUUCCACUGGUGUCCUCGCACCAGCGGUGACCGCCCUUAAUAUCAUAUCACUGGAAUCGUCGAUGAUAAUCCGUAUAGAUCUGAGGGAUGAGUCGCGCACCUGGACCUCAGCACAAGAAACUGCAAAAUCUAGAGAAUUUCUGACUUGCCGUAUCGUGGGCCAUAGAGUUUCUCCUCAAAAAGGACGGUUACCUCGGUAAGCGAUCAAUAUGCUGUCUGGAUACAGUCGCUGAUC